ACCACGCGUCUGCACGAAACCCUAACCCCUCCUCUCCAUCGCGCGAUCACUCCACCAAUGUCAUUCUCCAAAUGACGUCACGCGUCGUUCGCGUCAUGGAUGGCACCGCGCUCGCCCUCCAAGCAUAUAUAAAGGAUCGCAAACCGAGGGCACCGCUCAGCAUCACCAUCAUCCACUUCAGGUUGUAUACCCCCUGCAAUUAUCACUUCCCGCAUCACCUGUAACCCGCCAUCAUGUCGUCCGGAGCGAUGCAAUCCAACGUUGGCAACCCUCAGGUCUACGAGGACGGCGACCAGAGGCCACACGGUCACCAGUCCGAGACCGCCCCAGGAGGCAAGGCCGCACAAAACUCACACGACAUCCACGACCCCAAAGAUAACCUGACUCUCAACAACCGGAGGGACCGAGAGGAAGCGCUGGAGCGCGAGGCAGACCGUAAAGCAGAGGCUAAGACGGUCACCGACCCACUUGCGCCUGCGUCGCGUCAAGGCCACGAGCCGUCACGGGGGGCGCAAGUCGACGCUGAACUGCAGGCAGAGGACGAGGCGAGUCUGUCGAAGAAGAAACACGAGAAGGGAUCAUUCGGACCCAACGUAUAGAGAACUCAAGCACUGGCGCGCGGACUGUAGCCUGUAUUGUGUACGUAGAAUGAUUUGAGAAUGAUUGUAGCACUAGUGAGCAGACAUCAUCUGACAGAUUGCUGAGGAAUAUUCACCUAGUGUGGGAUUCCUGAUAAAAAGUGCUCAUCGAGACU